GCACCUAGAAACCAGACCAAAGACUUUUGACCUGAAAUCUCUUUCCCCCAUUUCCUAUAAGAACUCUCACCACUUCUGGGUUUCUCCUUCAAUCACUUCAUUGACCAAUUGACCAGCAGCAAGCUAGCUAGCAAUGGUGGCCACAUGGAUAGAUCUCAAUCUGAAUCCCACCUUCCACAAUACUGAUGAUACUCCAGCCAAGGAAGAUCAAACUAGUCGUUCUUACGACGAUGAUGAGGAGGAUUCGGAAGAUUGUUCAUUUCAAAAAGAGGUUGAUCAUGAUCAUACGGUGGGUGAUUUGAGCGGGAUAAGGAACGAAAACAGGAAGCUAAAGGAGAUGGUUACGAUUGUAUGGGACAACUACAACUCUCUUCAAGCUCAGGUGAAUAAACUAAUGCAAGAACAAGAAGUAUUAGUCUCGAAUCCAAAGAAACGAAAGUUGGAUGAGAGCACUACGAGAGUUGAACAAAGCUCGUGGAAAAGGCGAAAUGAGGAGGAGUUAUCGAAGACGGGUAUUCAAAGAGUUUAUGUACAAACAGAUCCAACUGAUAAAAGCCUGGUAGUGAAGGAUGAUUACCAAUGGAGAAAAUAUGGGCAAAAGGUGACCAGAGAUAACCCAUCUCCUAGAGCUUACUAUAAGUGCUCUUUUGCUCCAAGCUGCCAUGCCAAGAAGAAGGUGCAAAGAAGUGUGGAUGAUGCUGGUGUUCUUGUUGCAACCUAUGAAGGAGAACACAACCACAAAAGCAGGAAGCAGGAGGCCAUGGACGUUUUAGCCAACGAAUGUGAUCCUGAUCAGAUUUCGACUAAAAGUUUCUUCAACUUUCCAAAAUUCGAUGAGGUUUUGCUUCAACAAGUGGCUACUUAUCUAGGAAAAGACCGUAAUUUCAUUGUCCAACUUGCUGCUGCCAUUUCUUCUAGGAUUCUGGAUCUCGAUUUGUAAGUAUGUAUAUAUAUAUAUAUAUAUGCAUGCACACUUCAAUCUGAUAUAUACAUAUGGGGUGGAAGAAAACACGAAGAGUUUUGUAGAAAAUAUUGGAUUAAAUUUAGAGCUUCGUUGUAAAUACCUCUCAAAAUAUUGAUGUAUAUGUAUCUAUAUUAGAGUAUUAAAGUGUAAGGAUAUAUAGUUUUAUAAUUUA